AUGAAGCGCUUUCUGGGAAAUUUGAGCCGGCGAUCGAGCACCAGCGAUGACAGCGGAACCGACUACCCCGACGACUCGCCAGAGGGCAUUCUGCUCAAAGAAAUUAAUACCUUCUGCGAUUCGAGCGAGAGCCCCGAUAACACGAAUUUCCUUCGCAAUCCACAGGGCAAUGAAUACGUCCGCCUGCCUCGCAUCGUUGAGCUAGCCGAGUCCAGCCCCAAUGCCGCCAAAGCAGCCGCCCUGCGCAUCCGCAGAUACCUCGCCGACCCGGCCGGCACCCCGCCUCACGUCCAGUUUAACGCGAUCAUGGUCAUGCGUAUUCUUGGUGACAACCCCGGUCAUUCGUUCACUUGCAACUUCGAUGCCAAGUUCGUCGCGACGAUCAAAAACCAACUGCGGAAUGGCCGGGAUCCGCUGGUGCAGCGCACUCUGCGCCAAUACCUAAUGACCGCCGAGGUGGUCCGGGCUGGGGACCAGGAUCUUGCGCUGCUGAUGCAGAUGUGGGGAAAGGAGAGACAAAAGGCACAUCGGACACCGAAUGACUAUUGGCCAAUGGGAGGAUCUCAACCGCAGCAAUCGAACCCCAUGUACCGAAGUCUCUAUAACAAUUACCACCCGCCUGUCAACUCGAUACCGCAAGCAGAUGAAUUGGCCGCCCGGAUCGCCGAGUCGCGUAAUUCCGCCAAGCUGCUCACGCAGUUUGUGCAGUCGACACCACCGGCCGAGAUAGAAGAAAACGAACUGAUCAAGGAGUUCGCCGACCGCUGUCGAACAGCGUCGCGCAUCAUCCAAUCCUUUAUCCACGCGACGAACCCGCCGCCAGACGAAAACACCCUUUUGACUUUGAUCGAGACUAACGACGAACUGUCCGUGGCGCUCUCCCAGCAACAGCGCGCCAUGCUCAAGGCUCGCAAGCUCCGGGGCUCCUCGACCCCGAGCUCGUCGAACGUCAACAGUCCAUCCCCGCCCAACGAGCCCGUCACGUCCGGUGCUGCGCGCCCGGUUCCUCCAGUCCCGUCGCGUGACUCUACACAAAGCCCCGUGCAGCGUGUCCCGGUGCCGGAGCGACCUUCAACGACGAUGUCAGGUGGUCGAUCAAAUGCGCCCAAAAAUACGCCUGCCACUACGGCCCGGUAUGAGUAUAACUCGGCAGAUUUCCAGGUGCAGAAUCCCUUUGCCGAUGACUAUGCCGCGCCUGAAUCCGAGGCCAAUGGGAACCGGCAGCCGCAAAACUCGCACGAGUCUUCCAACGACCGGGCGCGUCCGUAG